AUGUUCCAACGUGUGGCUGGUUCGUUUGCCCAGGUCCAGAGUGGAUGGGUUAUAUUCUCCAAGAGGGUCUUGAGACAUCGGGUCAAGUUAUGUCGAAAUUAUCAAUCAACAAAGAAUGAGGCGUCGGUGGAAGAGAAGGAAAAGGAAUUUACACAGUUACGGAUUCAAUCCGGGAUUCAUGAAUGGUCCAAUGAUCCUAAGCAUGUUCUAGUCGUCCAUCCAAAAAUUCGUUGGGGAGCAGAGUCAAUUCGAGAUGAAGAAGCUGCAUUGAAGCUGGAGGAAGCUUGUGCACUUGUUCAGACUUUACCGGGGUUCUCUGUGGCCGGGUAAGAAUAAUUUGAAAAGGAUUUGUUGCGAUAUUCUGGUAAUUUUUCAUUAAUUUAUAUUGUUUUAGAUCAACAAUGAUAGGAACGGAUUAUAACACAAAGAAGCGGACUGUAUGGGGUCAUGGCCGUUUGGAACAGUUGAAAGCAUUGCAGCAGAAGUGUAAUGCCACCGCUAUUAUGCUGAAUGUCGACAUUUUGACCCCCAUGCAGCAAGCUUCUCUACAUGAAGAGCUGGGUGUUCCAAUCUUCGAUAGAUACAUCAUGGUCUUACGAAUAUUCAAAUUCUUUGCUCGAACGAAAGAAGCUCACCUACAGAUCGCCUUGGCGGAGAUCCCGUAUAUCAGGUGAGUUGUUUUAGUUAUAUAUUUUGUUAUUAAUUUAGGCAACGCCUAAGCUACGCGGAUAAGUAUGGGGCUGCCACCCAGGCCCUCAACAUCACUUCAGCCCACCUGUCGUUAACGUCUUCGUGAGUCAUGCGUUCUACGGAGUGGUCUGAAUGGAUAAAUUGUAGGAAAGCGGACAAAUUCGAGGUGCUACGGCUUCGAGAACACACUUUGAGGAAGAAAAUCCGAGCCGCAGUUGAGGAAAAGACGAAUGAAGUGGAAUUAAGGAAGUUGCGAGAACAGAAAACAGCACGAAAAGCAUUACUAGUCGCAGUUAUUGGGUAUACAAAUGCCGGAAAGACGACGCUGAUCAAAACUUUAACAGGAGCAGCUCAUAUCUCCGGAGAAAAUCGACUGUUUGCUACGUUGGAUACGACUGUUCAUCCUGCAAUUUUACCUUCAAGGCAUAGGAUUUUCUUGGCUGAUACCAUUGGGUUUAUUUCGGAUCUGCCGUUGAGUCUGAUUGCGUCGUUUGAAGCGACUUUAAGACAUGUCAUCAAUGCUGUAAGUCAUCUUUAUUUUUGUUUCUUUUUUAGAUGGAUUGACAAGGAAUUUGAAUGAUUUUUGUAGGACAUUUUGAUCCACAUUCAAGACGUCUCACAUCCGAAUUUAAGAGGACAACAGAAGAAUGUUAUGGAGACGUUACGAGGCUUAAAUUUACCGGAUCAUCUCUUGAACAACAUGAUCAAUGUCGGCAACAAGAUUGAUCGUCUUUCGAUGAAUGAUAUCCGAGCUCUCAAAGAAGCUGACCCCAAAAUGGUGAUGCUGUCUUGUCGCAAAUCCCUUGGUCUUCCUACAUUGGUGGAGAAAGUGGAUAAUGAAGUGCAAAGGAUAACUGGAUCAAAGAUCCGACGGUUCAGAUUGAAACCCGGCUCUCAAUUGGCGUCUUAUUUGUAUGCCGAAGGACUUGUGUCAGAGGAACCGGAAACAGAUGAAGACGGGAAUUUGAUCUUCCAAGUUCAAAUGACUGACGAACAACUUCAGCGACUUCAAGCAAUAAUGAAGGGAUCGGGAAAGAAAAUCAAAAAGUUGGAAGCCGCAAAUUAG